CAGCUUACAGAGUAGCCCAGGACCACAGCAGGGUCAGCCAGUGGGCCUAGCGUCUGUGCUGAGGGCUUUUCCUCUCCGCAUGGAGGAUGGAAGAGGGAGAGAGGCGCCCCUUGCUGUCCCAGGAUGCUGCCAACCAGGAGCCUCCCUUCUCUGUGAAGAGUUCACUCACCACAAGUCAUCCUGGUCCACCUAGGGAGGACCAGGUGGGGGCCUGGAGUUGCUGCUGCUGUCCUUGUGGGGUCAAGCACCAAGCCUGGACGGAAGGCCUGGGGGGACGCCUGGCCCCCUUCCUCCCCUGGGGGACCAGUUGCCUCAAGUAUCUGACCUUUCUCUCCAACUUCCUCUUCUCCUUGCUGGCCCUUCUGGCCCUGACUGUGGGACUCUGGGGCCUGGCUGUCAAGGGGUCUCUGGGGAGCUAUUGGGAGGAUGUCCUGCCCCCAGACCCCAUGCUGGUGCUGGUGCUGGGGGCGCUGACAGUCAGCACGGUGAGCCUGUUUGGCUGCCUGGGAGCCCUCUGCGAGAACAGCUGCCUGCUGCGCUGCUUCUGCAGGGCUGUCAUCCUCUUCCUGGUGCUCGAAGCCCUGGCCGGGGCCCUGGUGGCGGCUCUCUGGGGCCCACUGCAGGACAGCCUGGAGCACUCCCUGCGUGUGGCCAUCACCCACUACCAGGACAGCCCAAACCUGCACUUCCUCCUUGACCAAGUCCAGCUGGGGCUACAGUGCUGCGGGGUGGACUCCUACCAGGACUGGCAGCAGAACCUGUACUUUAACUGCAGCUCUCCGGGGAUGCAGGCCUGCAGCCUCCCUGCCUCCUGCUGCAUCAACCCCAGGGAAGAUGGGGCUUCGAUGAACACCCGGUGUGGUUUUGGGGCACUGCGCCUGGAUGAGGAUGCAGCCGGGCGUGUUGUGCACCUGGAGGGCUGUGGGCCUGUGCUCCUGCGGUGGCUCCACAGGAACGUGCCGGCCCUGGGCGGCUGUGCCAUCGCCAUCGUGCUGAUCCAGGGGACUGAGCUCCUGCUGGCCACCUGGCUACUGAGGGCCCUAGCUGCCCACAAGGCAGUGGAGGCCACAGAGCCUGCUCCUCUGUGAGCACAGAUGCCAAGCAGGGCCAAGGAGAAGCUGUGGUGCAGAUGGGAUCCAGGUCUCCCUCACCUGUAGGACUGGGAUCAAAGACAUACCCCCUCCUCCUCUGCCAGGCCACUGCUCCCUAGGCCUCUGGCCUCUGCCACACCUGUCAUCCCAAGGGCCAGCUAGACUGGCCACCUGCCCGACAGCUCUGACUGCCUGAGGACCCACCUAAAUCACCCUGCUCCAGGCAAAGUCUGUGGGGGUCUGUGUCUGACCAUGUCUGCCUCCUGUCUGGCUGGUGGGAAGAGCAUGGGGUGGGUGUUCCUGCCUCCCACUUCUGCCUCCCAACACACCCCACCUUGUCUCUGCUCAGCCCCAGACCCCAUUGCCUCACUGCUGGCACUUGCCUGCCCUGAGGGCCACCUCCCUCUUUCUGGUCCUUGGUGCAAGGGUGAGGCCCGGCUCCUCCUGCCAGAUGUCUGUUUGUGGGGAAGAGUAAAUCACUUGUUGAGGGGCCUUAUUCGUUCAAUAA